AUGAAACUAACAACUUUUUUCAUUUUUUCUAUUUUUGUCUCUUUCCGCUCUACGAAUGCCUUGGAACUGGAGUUAAUGAGACGUUUUGUAGCCGAAUUUGCUACAGAACUACAAAAAGAGCUAAAGGAAAUCCCUGAAUUUAUAUCUGCUCCUGAUGAAGAAGGAAGUGGACAGUUCAAUGAAGUUGCUCUUAACUUUGAUAACAACGAAAUAGCUGACACAAGCGAUUUGGAAGCCAUAAUUUCUUCGUCGGAAGCUCCAACAACAACAACCUCCGAGACAACCACAACCUCCGCAACUACCACAACCUCCGCAACUACCACAACCUCAGCCACCACCACAAUUACUACAACAAGGAAGAAGUUAGUUCCCGUUUGUGUUGCAGGGACCGAAUGUGUAGAUGACAGAGAAUGCGGGUCUUUAUUCCAUCGAACCAAUCGGUGCUUGGGUUCAGCACUAGGUCGCUGUAACUGUAAUGCUUGUGUAGGAGAAAUUGCCUGUGAGUCAGACGCUGACUGUGGGGGUCUGAGAACUGCUUGUCGAGAAGGUUCCUGUCGUUGUUCUCAGGCUCUGAACGAACAUGGCUUCUUCUACAUGAUUGAUGCGAUACUCAACUUCUGUAACCAAAAGAGAUGUCAAGUGGGGGGAAAUGACUGUCACGGACUACCAUGUAAUGUUGGUCGAUGUAAAUGUCACUAG